AUGAGGAUUCUAUCGUGGAAUUGCCAAGGGGCAAGAGCCGAACCCACAACACGUAGAAUAGAAGAAAUGCACAAGAUGUAUUCUCCAAGUUUUAUGUUUCUUUGUGAAACCAAGAAUGACCGCUCGUUUAUGGAAGACAAACAAACCUCUCUCGGAUAUGACAACCUCUUCACCGUGGAACCAAAGGGCAACAACAAUGAUGGAGGACUAGCUCUUUUUUAUUCUAAUGAUUAUCCGGUUCAUAUUCUAGCCUCGGAUGAUCACUUGAUUGACACUGAGACUGUCAUUGAUGGAAACCGAGUAUUCAUGACGUUCGUUUAUGGUGAUCCGGUUGUUAAAUGCAGACAAUAUGUUUGGGAGCGGUUAACCCGUAUCGGGAUUGCUCGUUCUGAUGCUUGUUGGUUCAUUAUUGGUGAUUUCAAUGAGAUUACCGGCAAUCAUGAGAAACGUGGUGGCAAAAAAAGAUCAGAGAACUCUUUUCUACCUUUCCGUGCUAUGAUCCAAGCAUGUGGAUUUAUUGAUUUCCCUUUCCAAGGAAAUCAAUUCUCAUGGAAAGGACAACGGACAAAUGGGAAUAUACGAUCUCAGUUAGACAGAGCCAUGGGGAACAAAGAGUGGCACAACAUAUUUCCUCACACUAAUGUGGAGUAUUUGAAGAUGUGGGGUUCUGAUCAUAGACCCCUUCUAGCGUCUAUUCCAUCAAGUCUGAAAAAAAAAUUCAUGUUAGACAAAAGAAGGAGUGGAAAAGCUGGACUCAAAGAAGCCAUGAUGGAAGGAUGGUGUGUCAAGGGAUCACACGAAAACCAUCAUCCACUAUCGAAGAAAAUCCAAAAUUCUCAAAGAAUUAUCUCCUUUGGGAAGAAAUCUACUCAAACAAAUGCGGAGAAACUUAUCAAGGAACUCCAAAAUAAGAUUGAUGAAACAUAUGAGGAUAUUCUUGCUCCACCGGAAACUCUCCUUGAUCUGAAAUUGAGGCUUUGUGAUGCUUAUAAAGAAGAGGGAACCUUCUGGUUUUAA